AUGUUCAACAGCUUGAAAAACUUACGUUCGUUAUUUAUCGAUUAUGCCAUUGUAGAGGAUCUCUCAUUCUUAAGGUCUGAGACACUUCAGAAUAGUUUGGUAGAUGUUACUCUGGACGUAAAACAAUCAGUGGAUAUGAAAUAUUUUGAAGGUUACUCCAAAUUAAAGUUUAUUUAUGUUGAUGAAUACAAACCCUAUGAGAACCUGACAGCCAUAAUUUGCAAUUCAAGGCGGAACAACUGCAAAAUCACACUCGGAAUUAACGGAAUAAAGUGCCCUGCCAAAUGCGAGUUUCCGAUUAUUGGAAAUACCAGCCUGAACUUCAGGGGAGGUCAUCUAGAGACGCUGCCAAGGAAUACAUUAAGUGAAUAUAAUGCGAUAAAAAAGUUGGAUGUAAGCCAAAAUAGAUUAACUAGUCUUCGAAUUGAUUGGCUUCCACAGAGUCUGAAUAGCUUGGACAUUAGUAACAAUGGCAUUCAAACACUCGAAAAGGAUGUGAUAGAAUUUAUCGCAAGUGUCGAUGAAUUCAAGCAGACGGGCAACCGAUGGAUUGUUAAUUGUGACGACCAACUGAUGUUGCACUUUCUGGGUAAUAUCUCCCGUCGAGGUAAAGACCCGGUUUUUUUGCAUCAUCUGAAUGAAUCUUGUCCUGAUGGAUGCCUUUGUUGCUUUAAUCGCAGCACCUAUAACUUUAUGAUCGACUGUAGGAACACUGAAAUGGAAUCGUAUCCUCUACUCCUGCAUUCAAUACACUACAAUGCCAGCCUUCACCUCGAAACGAAUAGAAUUUUCCGCAUUCGACACUCAUUGGGACAUGAUUCCCUGAGAGAACUUUAUUUGCUUGAGAACAAAAUAAAGGAAUUUCCAAUUAAUUUGAUUCCCAAAAACCUUACACAUUUGGAUCUACGAAUAAAUCUUUUGGAGGUUCUCGAUGAUCAAGUAAUUGAUUUCUUCAGAGACCGUGAGGGAAGCGUAAAGCGAAAGAUCGAACUAUCCGGAAAUCCCUGGAAUUGCGAGUGCAGGUCCAAGUCAUUCCUAGAAUUUCUACGUCUAAAGGAACCGCAAGAAUAUAACGCCGUCCUGAAACGAUGUAAUAUCGUCUUGUCAGGAACGUGUCCGCAGGCGUGCAUUUGCUGUCUGGGUAAUUCCACAUUGCCUUCGUUGAUUAUCGACUGCAGAUUUAAAGGACUCAAGGCAAUACCUCCAUUACCCACACCGCUGUUUGGACAAUCUAAUCUUUAUUUUGAAGGGAAUUACCUCGAAGCAUUGCCCCCCAAUUCCCUGCCAGGAUAUGCAAAUGUAGGACAUCUUUACCUGGCCGACAAUCGACUGACUACAAUCGAGGAGUUGCCAGAGAAUAUAACAACUCUGGACAUAAGAAACAAUAGCAUUUCUGUGCUGAAUCGUCAGAUGCAAGACUACUUCCACCACAGAAUAGCAGCCUCCACACGGUUGAAGUUAUUUCUGCAUGGGAAUCCCUGGGCCUGCACUUGCGAGAACUUAGAUUUCCUGCACUUUGUAAAGACCCAAUCGCCGUAUAUUGAAAACGUUACAGACCUCGACUGCGGUGACAUGACAAAACUACUGAUCGCUACGGAUGGGAUUGAUUUAUGCCCUUCAGGCUUGGUGCACUAUGUAACUGUCGCAAUGUCUUUAAUGCUGGUGGUCUCAACUAUAAAUUUGGCAAUUUACUUCAAACAGCCCCUCCUCAUAUGGUUGUACGAGCACAAUGUUUUGAUGAGCCUAGCCUCCCAAAGGGAGCUCGACAGCUUGAAGAAGUUCGACGCAUUUCUGUCAUUCACCCACAAGGACGAGGCGCUCAUUGAGGAGUUCGUAGAUAGAUUGGAGAGUGGUAGCCACUGCUUCAGACUAUGUUUCUACCUACGCGACUGGCUCGUGGGAGAGUCUAUUCCCCUUUGCAUCAGCCAAUCUGUUAAUGACUCGAGGCGCACCAUCAUCCUGAUGACAAACAACUUCUUGAAGUCGACUUGGGGUCGACUGGAGUUCCGCAUCGCUCUACAUGCCAUCAUCCAGGAUCGAUGCAAGCGAUUGAUUGUGGUCCUCUAUCCCGAAGUGCAGAGCUUUGAUGAUCUCGACAGCGAACUGCGGACCUACAUGGUGAUGAACACAUACCUCAGGAGAGAUGACCCCAAUUUUUGGAACAAGCUAAUGUAUGCAAUGCCCCAUUCUAAAGUGCGACGAGAGCCUGACGGAGAAACUAUUGAGCUUUCUGUGUUAAACGGCAAUGCUUAA